AUGUACACGGACCUGCUCGACACCGUUCUAGUCAACCCUAAGAACGCGACGGUGCAAGAAAACAACAUUGGCCCCAAGGCAGCCGAACCGCGAGGGGCAGCGACGGCGAUGAAAGGUCGGGGGCACGAGGUCUCGGGCGUGGCGAGCGAGGCGGAUGAGGAAGCAAAAUGUCCCGUCGACCACAAAACUCGCGAGUUGUGGUUACAGCAAGCUCAGAGAGAGCGAGCAUCACAGGCGGCAACACCCUCAGCACCACAAAAUCUGCAAACAACAAGCACAAUACCAUCCCGACAACCUGCUUCUUCCUGGUCGUCAUGGCUUCGCCUGCCCUCUUUCUCGCGACAACCGCAAUCCGAAGCUCCGUCAACGGCCCAGCAACCGCCGCGCCCACAAUCACGCCUCGACGAAUCCCGCGAAAUCUCGAGCAUCCCCCGCACCUCCGACCCCGGCCCAGCCGCAUGUCCCGCCAACGAUGAACAAGAGACCGGGGCCUCGUCGACUGGCCAUUGGGUAUACCCCUCCGAGAAACAAUUCUUUGAAGCCAUGAAGCGCAAGGGUCACGAGGCGGCGGCCGCAGACAUGAGGACGGUGGUGCCCAUCCACAACGCCGUCAACGAGCGAGCGUGGGCCGAGAUCCUCAAGUGGGAGGCACCAUACGUGGAGCCCGUUGCGAAAGGCGGCUGUGGCGGACCGAAAUUGCACAGCUUCGCCGGCUUGGGCAGCGCAACCAUGAGUCCCAAGGCGAGGAUCAACACGCUGCUCGGCUAUACGGCGCCUUUCGACCGGCACGACUGGGUUAUCGACCGGUGUGGGACCCAAGUGGAAUAUGUCAUCGACUUUUACUCGGGCCGGAAUGACGGGCCUGGCAAGGGAAAGCUCAACUUCUAUCUAGAUGUGCGGCCCAAGCUGAACACAUGGGAGGGCGUUAAGAUGCGGGCUAUGCGGGCUGUUGGGUUCUCAUGA